AUGGUUCCUAGUAAACUUUGGCGAUCGUUUACCAAAAUUGAUCAAAUUUCGGCAGCAUGUAAUGAAUGUAAACAAGUCAUAAAAACUUCUGGUAACACAUCCAACCUUAAAGCGCAUUUGGAUAAACAAACUGGCUUUGAUGCCCCAAAAGGUAACAAACCUGAACAACAAAAAAUGUCUAAAUUUGUUUCCAACAGUGGAGCCAAUAAAAAUACUUGCAGAAAAGAUGUUUCAAAUGAUCCAGAUGACCCAGAUUAUGUUUUUCAAGAGGAUAGUAGCAUUAGUAGCGCAAUUGAUAUAAGUUCAAUUGCAAGCUCAUCAAAAACAAUAGUGUCUAUUCCAAAUAGUUCUCCUCAUCAGAGACAACAAAAUAUAAAUGAAGUGUUCAAGCAAAUGUCAUCAAUGGCUGUCGGUGGAACACAACAUAAAUGCAUAACAGAUGCAAUUGCAUAUUUUUUAUGCAAAGAUAAUAAAGCCUUCUCAACCAUCGAAGGAAAAGGCUUCAGAAAUAUGGUCAACAAAUUAAAUCCUUUGUAUAAAGUCCCUUGCAGGAAUACUAUUAAAACAUAA